CUCCGCCGCCGCGCCCAGCCCCAGCGGGAAAGGCCCCCUCCGCCGAAGGCCCCAUUCGGGCUGCCCGCAGGAAAGCCUGCGGGACACGGCGCCGCGGAGCAAGGGGUGGGCGGGCCCCGCGCGGUCAGGCGGCGCGGGGGCAGCCCGCGCGGCCGUGCGAGCGCCGCCAUGGCGGGCGGGCGGCGGGGCCCGGUGCGGGUCAGGGCCGCGCUGGGCGCGCUGCUCUGCGCCCUCCAUGUGCAGGCAGCCUGUCGGGACACCACUGUCACACAGGAGCUCCUGAAAGAGGGGUUUCACAGGGACCUGCUGGUGAAGGUGGAGCUGGGGGAGGAUGCAGGAGGAUGUGCAGUGGCAGCUCAGAUGCAUCUGCCGCCGGGAAUCUACGUGGAUCCCUACGAGCUGGCAACGCUGCAGCAGCACAAUCUGACAAAGGCAGUGUUAUUUCCUGAUGUCAUUGAUGUGGAGGCUCCUGAGUACUUGGCCGAGGCUCUUGUCCUGCUGCUGUUCCUGGAGCCGGACGCGCGCUGCUCCCGCUGCUUCGGCGCCGCCGUGCCCGUGCACGCGCGCUACCACCGGCCCGCCCGCGGGACACGCCAGGCCGUGGUGGCUCUGCAGAGCCCAGAGGUGCUGCUCUGCUGCUGCCACAGGCACCUGUCUGCAGAGUGCUGGGAACCUGCUGAAGUGGACACUCCCUGCUCAUCUGACACCAACAGUCCCUGUCAGUGGCACACCACAAAACACAAACCCGCAUAUGAGGAAUCGAUGCUGAGGGUUCCUGUGGGGCUCAGGGAGCACAGUUCCCUGGUGUGUGCCCUGACCCUGCUCACCACAGGGCUCUGCUCUGGCCUCAUCUUGGCUGCUGCCUGCAAGUAUGGACACUUCUCACAGUGACUGAGGAAAUGUGGAAUGUCUGCCCUCCACCCAGCACAACCAGCUGCAGAUUGCACUGGGCUCCUGAAUGGAUCCCACCCUGCUGCUGUUUAUAUCUUAGGGGGUGCAAGGCUCCCAUAAGCAUUAUAGUUCCUUUGGCUCAUAGUGUUUACAAGUGGCUUCCACAGCCCAGAAGACAUUUUGGAUGUGUUGUCAAUAUCCAAAGCAGAUGGAGAGUAGGAAAAAGCCUCAAAAAGCUGAAAGCACUGCUGUGGGCAAUGAGGCAACAAUCAUUGGUGGGUUUGGGGCUCCUAUUCCCUCCUCCUGGCCCAGAGCUUGCUUUCAGUACCUCUUGCAGUGGUGUUUGUAUUUCUUGACUCAGGGAUUGGUUAUUAAGGGUAUGAAAAACAUUACUGAAUCAUUAAAAUUUCUGGAUUUUAAGCUUGUUGUGCA